CGUAUUACGUAAAAUAUGGAUAUCAAACGAUUUGAAAUUCAACAAAAAUAAUUUACUGUCUAAAAUUUAGUGUCGUUGUUGAAGCACGUGGAAUACCGAAAUCGCAUUGAAUAAAAAUCGCGGCGGCUGUUCGAAUGUACACUUGCAUUUUUACUGGGCCGUAUUAUUAUUUUUUGUCGUUCGUCGUUUUCAUCUCUCUCGUUUGUAUACCAUUCUCUGAUGUGCGCUUACGUUCACUAGGAACUUUAUUGGUAAUUUAGUCAUUUAUAUGCCAUCAAUGCGAUAACAUCGUGUACGAUUGUUACCUGUAAAGCGAGCAGCUGAGCGAGAAAGAUCGGCGGCGAAUAAUCCGUGCACGGAACAUUUGCACAAUUCUACGAACUGCCAAGUGGUCAGUCGACUGAUCCGUUUAAUCAGAAGUGUGUUACACCAGACGAAUCUGUGAUAAGAGACGGUUGUAAAUUGGAUCUGUUAAGCGGAGCAAUAGUGUUUAUUGAACUCGUGUCAUAAUGCCAGACAGAGAGACUGGAACGCAGAAAAAUGAUAUCGGUGCCAUAAAGCCCGAGAUAGAGCCGUUAUCAUGGCGAUUUUGGCGAAAAAGACGUUACAUUGUUGUGAUGAUGGCGUUUUUUGGAUUCUUCAAUGUGUACUCAUUGCGUGUCAAUUUAAGUGUUGGAAUUGUUGCGAUGACGGAAAAUCGAACUGUUUAUUAUGAGAAUGGAACCAUUGGAUAUGAGCAAGAUUUUCCAUGGAAUACGAAAGACCGAGGAUUGAUUUUGAGCUCCUUCUUCUGGGGCUACAUAAUGACGCAGUUCAUAGGCGGCGUGCUUGGUGCAAGGGUCGGAGGUAACCUUGUAUUCGGCAUUGGUAUUGCUGUGACAUCUGUGUUAACGCUGCUCACACCAUUAGCGGCUAAGGCCGGUGUCAGUGCAUUAAUUACGGUGCGAAUAAUUGAAGGCAUUUUUGAGGGCGUUACUUUUCCCUGCAUUCAUGCUGUAUGGUCGCGAUGGGCUCCACCUCUUGAGCGGUCACGUAUGGCAACCAUGGCUUUUGCCGGGAAUUAUGCGGGAACGAUUGUUUCAAUGCCAGUCAGCGGUAUACUCGCCAAUAAACUUGGUUGGGAAAGCUUGUUUUACGUAUUUGGUGCCAUCGGUUGUGUUUGGUAUUGUGUUUGGGUGAUUGUUGUUUGUGAAAGCCCUGACAAGGACAAGAGCAUAUCUAAGGAUGAAUUGCGUUACAUUCAAGACAGUUUGGGCUCAAAUGCAACAGAAACCGUUCAACAUCCGUGGAAAGACAUCUUCAAAUCGAAACCGGUGUACGCAAUCAGUGCUUCGCAUUUUGCUGAAAAUUGGGGAUUCUACACAAUGCUGACGCAAUUACCAAGUUUUCUUAAAGAUAGUUUGGGCUACAAACUGGAAAAAGCUGGAUUCUUAUCGGCCGCUCCAUAUUUGGCAAUGGGAGUACUGCUUGGUAUUUCUGGAUACUUUGCCGAUGUGUGUCAAGUCGAAGGCUGGUUAACAACUACACAAGUGCGGAGAUACUUCAAUUGCGGAGGUUUCUUAGCACAAACAGUCUUUCUGCUGACAGCUGGUUAUCUUAUGAGUUCAGUUGGAACAAUUUCUUGUAUUAUAAUUGCCAUCGGAUUGGGCGCAUUUGCUUGGUGUGGUUUCGCGGUGAAUCAUCUUGACAUAGCUCCGCCUCAUGCCAGUGUCCUCAUGGGCAUUUCAAACACGUUUGCAACCAUACCAGGCAUUGUUAGUCCAGCAUUAACCGGAUUCAUCGUUACUAAUUCGACUCCGGAAGAGUGGCGAACCGUGUUCUUGAUAUCAUCAUGUGUGUAUCUGUUUGGCUGUGUUAUUUAUUGGUUUUGGGCAAGUGGUGAGGUGCAACCAUGGGCUCAAAAACCAUCAGCUAGUGAAACGAAUAAACCAAAUCCUCGGGACACAGCGACAUAUGUUGGCUAUGCCAACGAAGGACUCGAGAUGAGUGAAUGAAAGAAUGUAAUGUAGAAUAAAAUAUCAAUAUGUAGUUGUGGUGCGAAUCGAAGUUCCUAAUCCGAAAUCUAGAUUCAGUUGCGAAUGUUUAAUGUUAAGAUAAGUAUUAAUUUUGCACAUUAUUAUUAGCAAAAUCGAAAAAAAACCACUGAAAUUCUUUACAUUAUACGAAGCGUUGUUUUUCUUAUUUAUUUAACUUUGUUUCUCUUUCUUUUAAUUACAUAAUGCGAAUGCCUUUUUUGUUCUCUGUUUUUAUUUUGUAUAGAAAAAUUAAUACACAUUUAAUUAAAAAUGCAAAUUCACUAAAUUCAGUUGUCUAAAUGUUCUGUAGUUCUCUUUCAAUCUGUAAAUAUGUGACAUAAAUCGGUGAAGUAACAGAGUAAAUAUAACAAUAACAUAAAUGGGGAAAAUACCUAAGUCAUCUCUUUUUAAUGGCCAUUGCAGAUGCAUACGAUACGUGUACCGCUUUUCUUCUUCAUCAUCUUCAUCUCACUAUUGCAAUAAAUUAAAAACUUAAAUUAUACACAAACGAAUUCACUGAAAUCGUCGAAUACAAUGAGAAUCAUUCAUUUGAGUGGAUCAGUUUCUUCUUUUCUUCUUGUUAUUCACUUAAGUAACUAGAUUGUGGAGCUUAUAUGUCAAAUUAAGCGACGAGUGAUUUGGCAACAAUUAGCUAUUUUAGUAGACGAAAAAAAAAUCAAAUAUUCAGCAGUCCCAUGAGAUUCCAUGUGUUCAAGAAAUAAUAGAGUAUGUACCUAUAAAAUGCAAAAAAAUAAUAAAUUUAUCUCUUAAUUCCAUCUAAAAAGGCAAACAUUCAGCUGGUAAGCUAAUUGAAUUCGUGCAUUUUGCUAUGGCAUUUCGAACAAACGACAAAUGUAAAAGGGACAAAUAAACAUCGUAAAAACAACCAUUCAAGCCAGAGGCGAAAAAACCAUUCGACGAGAUAUAAAUUGCGCAUAAUAUGUUUAUGUGUUCAUGAACAAUAUUUAAGAUAAUUUUAAUUGAUUUUUUAUCUAAAUGUUCCUCUUCCAUCUGACUAUCUGUCUAUGUUUUUCCCUUUCUAUAUCUCUCUGUCUCCCUCACUUGAUCUUUGCUUUUGGUUUCAUUUCCUGAUAUAAUUAUGAUAACAAUUUAAGCCUUACACAUGUAAAUAGUGAACCUUCAAUUAAAGCCUAAUUGCUUCAAAAAUGCAUAAGCCGCAACUUCUUUUAUGACUCUCCUCACUCAUCCAUUUAUAAUGUUAACUAGUGAAUGUAAAUUGUUCGAAAAAAAGACGCUUACUCCAUCGAAAAUAUAAUGUUCGUCCAAAA